UGGGCGCAAAGGAUGACGGGAAAUGAAGGAGGCGUUUCUUAAACUAGCAAACGUUAGCUAAGAUUUUCUUCCCACUAAAGUCAUAUUUUGUUAGCCAAACACUGUAAAUGUAUCGCACAGUUAGUUCUUAUUCAAUUAAUAUAGGGAAAACGUGACUUCGUAGAAAACGUCCGUGCGGUUUUGUGUAAAUAAAGUUAGCUACUCUAUAUGUACAUUAAGGUUACUCCCGUCCGCGUCACAAGGAGGUCAAAGGACGACAACAAGCAUUAUUUUGGGUAUGCAGCUAGUCAUUAGUUACAUAUUUUUCUGGCUUUAUUUGGAGAAAAUAUGUUGACAGCGCUUUUCUGUCUGUAGGAAUCCUCCUGAGUCCGUUGGAGUCAUGGAGUAACACUCUGGGAGCUGUUCAGUUUGUGUUAUGGCUUCUUUAGCGAGCUCCUCAUUAAUAUCACCUGUCAGACACUUCUGUGUGCACCGGUGCUCAAGAACAAGCAGGACGCUCUCUGAACACGGCUUGUGUCAAAGGAGUUGCUGGCCUGGUGCAGGGGCAGCAUCAACUCUGUGCAGACAAACAAACUCUCUCUGGUGGAAUGGGACUCGAGGGUUUUUCUCCCGUGGUGGUGGUGGUGGUGGAGGUGGAGGUGCCUCUGAGGAGCAGCAGACCCUGGAGGAUCUGGCCAUGAACAUCAGAGAAAAGCAGUACAAGAGGGUGGUGGUGAUGGCUGGAGCCGGGAUCAGUACGCCGAGUGGCAUCCCAGAUUUCAGGUCUCCGGGCAGCGGUCUCUACGACAACCUGCAGCAGUAUAACCUGCCUUACGCCGAGGCAAUAUUCGAGAUAGGCUUUUUUCAUCAAAACCCAAACCCCUUCUUCGCCCUGGCCAAAGAGCUGUACCCAGGGAAUUAUCAGCCCAAUCUGACCCAUCACUUUGUACAGCUGCUUCACAAGAAGGAUCAGCUCCUCAGGAUGUACACGCAGAACAUUGACGGGCUGGAGCGACUGGCAGGGAUUCCUCCCGAGAUGUUGGUGGAGGCUCACGGUACUUUUGCCACUGCCACCUGCACGGUCUGCCUGAGGAAAUAUAAAGGAGGAGAGCUCCGAUCAGAUGUGAUGUCAGGUGUCGUGCCGAAGUGCCCCUCCUGUAAAGGCGUGGUAAAGCCCGACAUUGUGUUUUUCGGGGAGGAGCUUCCAUAUCACUUCUUCAAGUAUCUCACAGACUUCCCACUGGCAGACCUUUUGAUCGUCAUGGGAACAUCACUGGAGGUGGAGCCCUUUGCCAGUCUGGCAGGAGCAGUGCGCCCCUCUGUGCCCCGUCUGCUCAUCAACAGGGACCUGGUGGGUCCGUUCGCCUGGCGUCGCCGGCCUCAUGAUGUGGCGCAGCUGGGCGACGUGGUCAGCGGUGUGCAAGCCCUGGUGCAGGCCCUCGGCUGGACUCAGGAGCUGGAUGCUCUGAUGGCUGCUGCUGCUGCGAAAAUUGCAACAAAGACAGAAGAGUGACGAUUUCACCGCAUCAAGCUGGAGGUUUGACUUUUUCCACUUACUGUAACGUAAACACCAACACUGCAGGAAUAAACCCAGACUUUUUCUUACUGGGCCUCAUGUGGUAAUACUUGUCUGAUGUUUGGUUAUAUGAAUGGAAACUCACAGACUGGCCAAUAAGGAACUGCUACAAUGGAAAUGCAGAAAUAUCUCUCAGUUAUUUUAUAUAAACAGAACACAGGUAAGUGACACACAGUUAUGAUCAAACUGGGGAAAAAUCAAACUAGGUGUUUAUGUGCAAUAGAGUAUACUGUACAGCUGAUCUACCAUGUUGCGUUAACUGUAAGGAAAAUGUGCAGUAUUAUUAAUAUUUAACUUGUCAAACCUUUAAGAAAGAAACAAGACAUUUGUUGAGUAGGAAACAAACCUUGUUAAUGGCUGUUGUUUGAAUGAGGUUAAUUAAUCCAAUUGGAAUCACUUAAAAUUGCUGAAUUAGUCAAAUUAUAAUAAAAUAUAUUUGUUGAAAUGGAAUAGAGAAAAACUUCAGAGGACUUAAUUUCAUGCUGAAUGUCUGCAGUGCUGCAUAAUGCAGGGAUAUACUUUUUUAAAAACACCUUACAAAGUUUCAAUUUAGUUUAAAGUAUCAGUAGUUUCCUAUGAAAGCUGGUCAUAGUUUAAUCAAACAUCUUUUGGGACCAUUAGCAGAGGAAUAACUCACAUUUGGUAAUAAUGCGUUUUUAAUGGAUUUUGGGCAAGAAUGGAGCUCUAUAGCGCAGAGAUAGAAGGUCAAUUUUGGUCUUUUGAUGGGAUUUGAUAGUAUUUACACCUGCAGAGGGAGCCACAGGACUGCCUUUAGUGUGACAAAGAACCCUGUUUCAAUUUUAAUUCAAGUGGUAUUCAUAAUACCGAUAAAGGGGAGGAUAUUGUAUUUGUCUGUGAAACAAUACAGAGUAACGUUCUCGUAUGAUUUACAAUAUCUUCGUUAAACUGAAACAGGGCAACAAAUGUCUGUGGAAAUAAAACCUUUCAUUUGUAAAUGACCAAGUUAUGUUAGCAUAUUUUGACAUUUUCCUCUCACUGUACACACUGCAUAUAUGUACUGCAUACUACGAAAUCUUCAUUUAUGCAUUAAUUUAAAAAAGUCAUACAAAGAAAUAAAGGCUACAGUGUCUUCCUGUUCAACAA